AUAACGAAAAAAUUUUCUUUUACAUUCGUUUCUGAUUGUAUCUCUAAUUUUGACAGCUAUUUUUUCUCAUCUUGAAAGAAUCUCAGUUUAUAAUCUUGUUUUAAUUCUUAUUCUUUAGUGAGGAUUAAUCAAUGGGUCUUGAAAAAAGGAUAUCUCGUUCCAGAUUGAAAGCUAAUUGGAAUUUUAUGUUUUUCAAUUUCCCAUUUGGUAAGCUAAUUAAUCAAGAAAAAGUAGAAUCUUUCGUUCUAUAAAUUAUCAAUAGAGAAAGAAGGCACAAUUAAUAGAGAAGAAAAGCACUGGCAUCAAUAUAGUUUCCGUCCGAUGUAUUGAGAAUAAUAAAAUGCAACCAUUUCGUUCAAAAUCUAAGAGAUGAAGCGCUAGAAAUAUUUCUAAAUGAGUUGACUUUUAUUUGAAUUAACUUUUUCUUUUAUAUUUGUUUGCUAUUAAUACUUGUUUUAUACUCUAUUUGAAUUUUACAAUAAAUAAAUAGAGUAAAAUUAUUAAUAAAUUUUACUCUUGUUAAUUAUGAAGUACAUAUAUGGCUAUAAUAUAUCUCAAUAUUUAGUAACUAGUUGAUAAUACCUACUUGAGUGCACAUGGCCAAUACACUAAGAUGCGGCUAUGUGCACUCGAGUGCACAUAGCCACUUCCUUUAAAAAAAUAAAAAUUGAUAAAUAUUUUUGAUUAAUGAGAAAAAAUUUUUAAAUCUUAUCAGUGAAGGAAAACGAAAUAAUUGAUCAAAAGUUACACGAUAAUCGAGCGAAAAUGAUGUCAUUUGAGUUUACUUUUUAUAAGAAAUAACUUGCUUUAAUCCAGUAUCUUCACUUCUCUUGUACGGAUCCAAAUAAUAAGCAGGAUGACUGCAGAAAAAUAAGAUAUUUAUCAAUGAACAUAAAGAUUGUGAUUGACCGAACGCUAUCAUUUUAUCGAUGUGCAGAUUUUCAUCGCUACUUACCAAGAGGUUGCGAUUUAUUUUCUAUUUAUUAUAAAUACUUUUGAUGUGAUAACCAUGGUUAAACUUUUCUGAAAUGGGGAGAACUGUAUUGUACCAUGAUAAAUCAGAAUGAGUAUCAAAUUCAUUAAUUCUGAUGAAACCAAUUCAGAAGACAGGUUCAUCACUGGCUGAUGGAAGUUGAUGGAAUUGCAUCGAUAAUAGAUAUUUUGAAAGAUUCCACUUAGCUUCGUAAAAGGCUUCCAAAUAAACUUAUGUGAAAAAUUAACAGAGCAAAAAAAAUUGCUCUGUCCUGCCCUGUACUUUUCUUCGGUCGUCCUGCAGGGCAAAUAGGACAGGGCAAAAAAAGAAGUUUGUCCUGCAGUACAGGGCAGGGCAGGGCAACAAGGCAGCCCUGACUUGAUGAUGGUCUCUGGUGUGCAUUCCUUUCGUUUAUUGAAUAUUUUAAAUCUUUCAUUUUUUUUUGGGUGUGAGUGAGUAUGAAUCUUCUCUUUUCUCCUAGCCAUACCCAAUACUUACGUUCUCUUCGAAUUUAUCAAUAAUCAAAUUUUCUUCAACAGGAAAACUUAACGACGUCGUCGAUGACGAAGUAUUAAAAUUAGCCAAGAGUGGAAUAAUACGCGCUCUUGAUUUGGAAGAACACGAAAUAAAAGCUGAAAUUAUAAAUGAUUUGCUAGAAAAUGGUCGACAAUCAUUGUCUAAGUAUGAAGAAGAGUUCGCACCAGAUGUCUAUACAGCAGCAAUAAAUGAAAACGAUGGCAACCUGAUGAAGUCUCUGAAAAAAUACUUUGAAAAACAAUGGAAAAUAAAAUAUGGUUCUUCAAAUCAAUGGUUUAUUUUAUUCUUAAAGGAAUAUAAAGAUGCUGUGAAUUAUGAUUCUGUUCUGAAACGUACAGCUGAAUAUGGCAAUAAAUACAUGAAAGAUUGCCCAAUCUUAUCAAUUGUUUUGCAACUUCUAUUUGAAGGUAUUGAUGAUACAUGUAUGGAUGAAACAAAUGCAUUCAAUAAUCUAUGGUGUGCAAUAACCAAUAAUGGUUUAAAAUCUAUAGAAAACUUUUCUGAUAAUAAAAAGCGAUCCGUCUUAUUUCAAGCGUUACGUGAAUAUUAUUGUCCAAAAUUAUUUGAAUUAUUGAACAAAAGUAAAAUCUCGGAUAAAGACAAUUUGUAUGAAUCAGCAUUAAAUAACGUUGCUGAAUACGGUUGGUUACAAGGUUUACAAGAAGUUGAAAAGAGAAUAAUAGUGAAACAUUUUAAAAUAUUACUAGCAAAUAUUCCUGUAUCCGGCGAUACAUCUAGAAAGCAAGUUCAACCGAAAGUAGAAGCUCCAACAUCGGUAAACGAGCAAUCAUGUAUGUUUGGUAAAGAUACUCAGAUUUCAUGGAAGUUCAGUGGCAUCUGGAAGCUACGUGUAACAUGGUUCUUCAAUGAUCAACCACUUUCAACUGACAAUCGCUUGGAAGUAACGGAGACUGAUGAUGGAACAUCGAUACUAACAAUUCGUCAAGUUGAACUUGGUGAUCAAGGUGUCUAUACUACUAGAGCAACCAAUGCUUUUGGUGUAGCUGAAGCUCAGACAACAUUAAAGAUUGAUUGCAUCAAACCUGUCAUCAACGCUAAUCUCAAUAGUGCGCUAGAAGUCACAAAAGGUGAAACCAUGGGACUAAAAAUUGUCGCCAGUGGAACACCAAAGCCUGACAUUGUCUGGAUGAAAGACGACAAUGAACUUACACCAAAUGAUCGCAUUCAAGUGACAAUACCGAAUGGUAACGAUGACAAAUACACAAUGGCUAUUUUGAAUGCACAACCAGGAGAUCAAGGUGAAUAUUCAGCCAAGAUUUCCAAUGUUGGUGGAUCACUUCAAUCCAAUAAGUGCAAAGUCACUGUUUCGAAAUCACCAGUGUUUAUUGUCAAGCUGACAACACAAAAAGUGAAGCAAGGUACGACAGCAGUAUUCGUGACGAAGAUUGAUGGAUACCCAACACCGACUAUAACAUGGCUUCUUAAUGAAAAACCAUUGACAGCGAAAGAAGGUGUUCACGUGCAGUUCGAUGCUACCAAUGGUGAAGUCAAGUUGUCCAUUCAAAACGUCGUUCUAGAACAACAUGCAGUAAUUCUCAAUAUUCCAGCCGAUGCCCGAUGGGCACAAAAGGGAGUGACUGUUGCUGGAGGCCAUGGACAAGGCAGUGCUACCAAUCAACUAGACUGGCCUUGUGGUCUCUUCGUCGAUGAUGAUCAAACGAUGGCCAUCGCUGAUGGCGACAAUCAUCGUAUCAUCCAAUGGAAGAAGGGUGAUACGAAUGGACAAGUUGUAGCUGGUGGCAAUGGUAAAGAAAAUCGAUUGGAUCAAUUGAAUGGUCCAACCGAUGUGUUGAUCGACAAAGAGACGGAUAGUCUCAUUAUUUGUGAUCCAGGGAAUCGACGAGUCGUACGAUGGUCUCGUCGUAGUGGCACAACUCAAGGAGAAAUUCUCACCAACAACAUCCAUUGUCGGGGAUUGGCCAUGGAUGAUCAGAGAUAUCUCUACAUCUCUGACGACGAAAAACAUGAAGUAAGACGAUAUCAAAUAGGAGACAAGAAUGGAACUCUUGUAGCUGGUGGCAAUGGCAAAGGUGCUAGUCUUGAUCAACUCAACUAUCCGACCUACAUCUUUGUCGAUCAACAACAGACUGUCUACGUGUCAGACAGCCUCAAUCAUCGUGUAAUGAAAUGGAAUAAAGGUGCAAAAGAAGGAAUUGUCGUCGCUGGAGGUCAAGGCCAAGGGAAUGCUCUGACACAACUGUCGUAUCCUUACGGACUGUUCGUCGAUACAUUGGGUACCAUCUAUGUGGCAGUCUCGUGGAAUAAUCGAGUGAUGCGUUGGCCUAAAGCAGCGAAACAGGGCACUGUCAUUGUGGGUGGAAAUGGUCAAGGAGAAGGAGCAAAUCAGUUCAACCGUCUCGAAGCUUUGUCCUUCGAUCGACAUGGCAAUCUCUAUGUCGUCGAUUAUGGGAAUUAUCGUGUUCAACGCUUUUCAAUUGAAUAG